AUGAAGCUCAAGCAACUCGAGGGAUAUCUGGGCGACGUGGCGGCCUUUAGAGCCCCCAAGGUGCAGCUCGAGCAGUACCCAACCACUGCUCAUCUCGCGUCGCGCAUUCUCUACACCGCCGAGUCCUCGUACGGCGACAUCGACGGCAAGGCGGUCGUUGACCUGGGCUGCGGCUGCGCCAUGCUAUCGGUGGCCGCCGCCAUGAUGGGCGCCAGCAGCGUGCUUGGCAUCGAUAUUGACGCCGACGCCUUGGAGGUCGCCCAGGAGAACAUCGACGAGUGCGAGGUCGCCGACGCCGUGGACCUCCUGCACGCCAGCCUGCUGGAAGACGGCGCGCUGUCGCUGAACGAGGCCCUGCUGGCCCCCAUGGCCAUGCGCUUCGACACCGCCAUUCUCAACCCGCCGCAUCGACCUCUGUUUCUCCAGGCCGCCUGCGCCAUGGCACGCGGCGCCGUCUACUCGCUCCACAAGUCAUCAACGCGUGCCUUCUUGGUCAAGAAAGCCCAGUCGUGGGGCUUCGACUGCGAGGUGCUUGCUGAGCUCAAGUUUGACGUGCCCAUGAUGUACAAGUUCCACAAGAAGAAGUCCGUCGACAUUGACGUUGAUCUGUUGCGCCUGAGCCGCAAGGAGCCCCUCCUCUCUGCAGAGGCGGUGUAG